AGCUUGUAAAAGAAAACCCCAAAUAAUGGAGGAGAAGGGUGGAGAGGCAUUGGAUAGUGCAGUAGUAGCAGCAACAGCAGCAGACGAAGUUGAAAGAGAGAGAAAUACAAAGAAUCCCAUUGUUCUCCUUCUCCUUCUUCUUCUCUUCCUUUUCAAGAAUUUUUCUAUUAGUCUUCUUCACUCACUUCACUCUAUCACUUUCUCUUUUCAUCUAUAUCAAUAAUUAUUCUAUUCGAAAUCCCCUUUUGUUUACUACCCAUCUUAUGCAUCACGAUCUUACCCCACAACAAAUGUCCGAAGACGACGAUCGAUCUCCACCAUUGGAUCUCCGUUGCGCCUCCAUUAACAAAACCCGUAAUUGUUCCGGGGAUAUUUCCGGCUUUGGAUCCUCCACAUCAUCUUCAUCUUCAUCUUCAUCAUCCAUUCCCGUACCCAUACCCAUCACUGAGUACCAGUCACCAUAUCCGGACCAAGUUCUCGAGAACGUUCUCGAAAACGUGCUUCACUUCCUGACUUCUCGGCGUGACCGAAACGCGGCGUCAUUGGUGUGCAAGUCAUGGUGCCGUGCGGAGGCUAUGACCCGAUCCGAGCUGUUUAUUGGGAAUUGCUACGCGGUGUCUCCGUAUCGGGCUACCGGGAGGUUCAGAAGGGUUCGGGCCUUGGUGUUGAAAGGGAAGCCGAGGUUUGCAGACUUUAAUCUGAUGCCGCCUGACUGGGGGGCCCACUUCACGCCGUGGGUUUCGGUGACGGCUAGGGCUUACCCUUGGUUGGAAAAGGUUUGCCUGAAGCGCAUGUCCGUUACGGAUGAGGAUCUGCAGCUGCUUGCCGAGUCAUUUUUGGGGUUUAAGGAGUUGGUGCUUGUUUGUUGUGAAGGGUUUGGUACCAAUGGCCUCGCUUUUAUUGCCAGCAAGUGCAGAAAACUGAGAGUGCUUGACCUGAUUGAAACGGAAGUCACAGACGAUGAAGUGGACUGGAUAUCUUUUUUUCCAGAGGGCGAAACAUGUCUGGAAUCGCUGAUUUUUGAUUGUGUUGACUGUGCAAUAAAUUUUGACGCGUUAGAGAAGCUGGUAGCCAGGUCCCCUUCACUGAAGAAACUCAGGUUGAACCGUAAUGUUUCAAUUGGGCAGUUAUAUCGUCUGAUGAUUAAAGCCCCACAGCUUACACAUCUUGGGACAGGCUCAUUCAGCUCAUUGGAGGGUGAUCCAGAUCUGGACUAUGUGUCUGCUUUUGCUGCUUGCAAAUCCUUAGUUUGCCUCUCUGGGUUCAGGGAAAUUGUACCAGACUACUUGCCUGCAAUUUAUCCAGUUUGUGCUAAUCUAACCUCCCUGAAUUUCAGCUAUGCCAAUAUCACUUCUGAACAGCUCAAACCAAUCAUAAGCAACUGCUACAAACUUCAAAUUCUUUGGGUGCUUGAUUCAAUAUGUGAUGAAGGACUCCAGGCUGUGGCUGCAACAUGCAAGGAACUUCGUGAGCUUCGAGUUUUCCCUGUCAAUCCUCAGGAGGAUUUUGAGGGACCGGUUUCUGAAGUGGGUCUUCAAGCAAUUUCUGAGGGUUGUAAGAAACUACGAUCUAUUCUAUAUUUUUGUCAGCGGAUGACAAAUGCUGCUGUCAUAGCAAUGUCUAAGAACUGUCCAGACCUUGAGGUAUUUCGGCUAUGCAUAAUGGGGCGCCUCAGGCCUGACCAUGUGACAGGAGAACCGAUGGAUGAAGGAUUUGGAGCCAUUGUCAUGAACUGCAAGAAGCUCACUCGCCUUGCUGUUUCUGGUUUAUUAACUGAUAGAGCUUUUGGUUACAUUGGAAAAUAUGGUAAAUUGGUUCGCACCUUAUCUGUUGCCUUUGCUGGAGACAGUGAUACAGGUCUGAAAUAUUUGCUUGAAGGUUGCCCCAGAUUACAGAAGCUUGAGAUUAGAGAUAGCCCAUUUGGGGAUGCUGCUCUACAAUCAGGAUUGCACCACUAUUACAACAUGAGAUUCCUUUGGAUGUCUUCUUGCAGAUUAACCCGCCAAGGUUGCCAGGAGAUUGCUCGUGCAAUACCCCGCAUGGUUGUAGAAGUGUUUAGGAUUGAAAGUGAGGAGGUCAUAGAUGAUUAUGUUGAGACACUAUACAUGUAUCGAUCACUUGAAGGACCUAGGCAUGAUGCACCAGAAUUUGUUAAUAUCUUAAGGGCUGAUUGAUGAUGCGCUAGAACUGGGUAUAUGAUAUUUUAGGCAUUUGCAGUGGAGGGCGAAAGUUGUGUCAGCUGUUCUUGAUGUGCUAUUAUUCAAGUUAUUUUUGUGGGAAAAAUUGAUGCAGCGGGUGCCUUUUAUAUAGCCCUGCAAAGAAGAUCCUGCAUACUUGUCAAAUAAAGUCAAGUAAAGAACUUCUGUUCUCAGUGUGGACUGUUGGGGUGGCAAUCAAGGCAGAAGCAACAUGAAGGACUGCAUUUCUUCUUUGCUCUGUUCAUUUAAUGAACUUAGAGGACGGGGCUAAUGCACAAGGUGGAUGUUUUUGUUAAGGUAUUGGACCGUGUCAUAUUCUUGUACUUGUACUCUUCUAAAUUUUAUGUUGCUUUUUGUUUUCAUAUUCAUUUUAUCAUAAAGAAGGUUGCUUGAGAGGGGAGGGGGUUGUGGAUCAACAUCAAGAAGUGACUGUAUAUCUAUGUUUUCACCUGAACAAGUUAUUUCUUCUUUGAUGAAGAAGAAAUAGAUAUGGAUCUCGAGGUAUCGGUGAUGUGGAAUGGCAAAGUUGAUAAAAUCAUUCUUCUGACACCAGCAGUAGAGAAUCAGAAGCCAAAGCAAGCAGUGACUCUGGAAUGAUUUUAGUCUGUUAUUUUGAUUAAAUUGUGGUUAGAUAAGGUGUAGCUGGUGAAAACUAAAUGCCCAAGACUGAUACAUCUCUCUCUCACUCUCUCACUCUCUCGUUCUGUUUUUUCAUGUUUUUUUCUUAGAUGUGUUGUAGCACCUGACUUCUGAUUUUAUUAUUGUUGUUGUUAGCUUUGUGAAAUGGGAAAUAAGGAAAUGUGAAAUAUGCAUAUUCAAGGACCA